AUUAAUGGGGGCGAUGGAAGGGUCACUGUCUGAUGAUUUGAGUUCUCCGGUAGUGAAGUUCUUCGUCUUCAAUCAUUCGUCAUCGCGCUGACCUCAUCUUGUUCAUUUCCAUUUUUCGAUACUCUCUCUCUCUUCUUUGUGUUCAUUUCUCCAAAAGAUUUAGUUAAAAAGUGAAAAAUGAUGCAAAAUUUUUGCUCCAGAAAGUGGAGUGAAAAAUGUUGCUGUCAAAUCGUUUUCUUCUCCCCAAUUUUUUUCAUUUCAGUUCACCAAAAGCUUCCGUUAAAAAAGGUUAUGAAAUUCUACAGAUCCGUCUUCCAAUUGCAAUAUUAUUCGAUUUCCAGAGGGUUUUCACAUUAAUUUUGGAUCAUGUUUCGGGUCCUACUUCGAGAAUUUGACUUUCGAGUCAAUAAUGUCGCUGAGUUGGACUUGGAAGAAGUUAAAAUAGGUUGCUCGGUUUGAUUUGGGAGUACAGUUUCGAGAUUUCUAGCCUUGUCCUUAGGCUAAUGGCUCAGAGUUUGCAAGUACCAAAAUUUGGGAAGUGGGAUGAUGGGGAGGAUGUCCCGUAUACAACCUAUUUUGACAAUGCAACAAAGGCUAAAUCCGAGAGGUUGAAUUUAAAUGAUCCUUCUCACCGAGAAGAGAUUUCGGAGCGACAGGAAACUAGAGAAGGUGUUGUGAGGAGGCAAACCGAGUCUCCAUUGCACCGGGAUGGUUCAGAACUGCCUGGUCAAGAUCAUGACAGUUUAAAAUCAACCACGAGUCGGGGUCAACAAGCAUUAAGGCAAAAGUACACACAAGAAGAUUUGAGCUUGGAAGAUGGUAACACGAAAAAACGCCUUCAAUCUCCUUUGGACCAUCGAACAAGGGGUCACGUUAGCUUUAACUCCCCUCUUCAUCAACGCCAGAGGAACAACACGGCCACUGUGAGAAAUGGCGCAGCUUCUGAUGGCAACAUAGAAAAUCCAUCUCUCCAAACACGACAGCAUCCAAGGACCGAAGCAAAAAGCGUUGUACCAUCUUCGCCGUUACGUGACCGUAGGGGUUCAAGCUCACCUAAAGGAGGUUGUCAUGAUGGUGUAACUCCCUUGACUCCUGGAAGAUCACGUCAACAAUCCGCUCCUCGGGGCAUUGAAACUCCUGAUCGUAGCCCCACAGUUCCAAGAUUUGGUGACUGGGAUGAGAGCGAUCCAACAUCGUCUGAGAACUACACAAGUAUUUUCACCAGAGUACGUGAGGAGAGACAAACUGAGGAAGAAGGAGGUUUUCCGGUGGGGACUAACAUUUCUCAUGCUGACCGUCGUAAUCGAUCCGAUGCCGAAAAUUCUAAGAAAUGUUGCUGUUUUCCAUGGGGAAAGUGACUGCGGGGAAGUUUUUGUUCUUCCAGUAAGGAAUGAAAAUGAUGAGAAAUUGUCGUCUAAUGGAAACCUCCAGCAGGUACGAAUCGAUAACCAUUCUGGAGGAGUUAGAAUUUUGAGUGAUUUCAAACUUAGAUUGAUUGAUUGAUUUUAAGUGUAUUUGUCAUUUAGUAUUCCUUGAAAUAGAAUGAUUGGUUUCAAAUCCUAUUUUUACUUUUAUUGGCUCUACAUAGAUGAAUUUGUGAAAUUACCAUUU